ACGUCGAAAUCUCAAGAAUGCCUGAACCAGCGAAGUCUGCGCCCAAGAAGGGCUCAAAGAAAGCCGUCACCAAGGCUGCCGGUAAGGGCAACAAAAAGAGGAAGAGCCGCAGGAAAGAGAGCUAUGCCAUCUACGUGUACAAGGUGCUCAAGCAGGUGCACCCUGAUACCGGCAUCUCUUCCAAGGCCAUGAGCAUCAUGAACUCCUUCGUCAACGACAUCUUCGAGCGUAUCGCUUCUGAAGCAUCUCGUCUGGCUCACUACAACAAACGCUCCACCAUCACAUCCAGGGAGAUCCAGACUGCCGUCCGCCUUCUGCUUCCCGGUGAGCUGGCUAAGCACGCCGUGUCUGAGGGCACCAAGGCUGUCACCAAGUAUACCAGCUCCAAGUAAAUUGCUAUUGUAGCAACCCCCAACGGCUCUUUUAAGAGCCACACCAAUUUACCUUAAAGACCAUUUUCCUUACAAAUCACGUGGAAUGAAAAGUAUUAUGACUCAACGCAAGACAGUCACCUGGAAAUAAGUUGUAGUAUGACUAAUUUGCAUAUGUGUUUUAUAACACAUAUGCUCACCAUUAAAUACCUUGUCUUCUAAACAAAUUUCUACAACCGU